AUGGCACAGGAAGAUGUGGGUACACCACCAGGGGCGACCCCGACGCCCAGUCUGGCUAACCCGUUUAGUCCAGGAGCACGAAGCCCACUGCAGCCGCCAGCAGCGACUCAGGCAACUAGUGGGCCACAGGUGUACCAAGUGUCUACUCCGCGAGACGAUCCAACUUCAGCAGUCGGACCGACGGUGGCAACCAGUGACUUGUCUGCUGUCAUGGGAAUGAUGGCACAAACGCUGCAAGCAGUGCAAGCACAGACGCAUGCAGUGAGGCAGUUGGUCAGCGUCAUAGCAAGUCAGCAGCAGCAGCAGCAGCAGCAACAGCAGCCGCCACUGCCACCAGCGGCAGCAGGAAGCACGCAGUCUCCAGAAGGUACACAAGGCUUGGUGAGGACUCCAGCGGUCAGCAGUGACAGUGCUGCCGGUCGUCCGUUGGAUCCCAGAUGGAUCCCCAGCGUGCCGGAAGCCCAGUUCACCUCCUGGCGAACUAGAGUGGAGGAGAUCACGGGCUUUUGGGCAUGGUGUGAGGCUUUCGGAGCGUGGUUGGCGCUCAUCCACCCUUCCUUUGUCGGAGAGCUCCGAGAGGUGCUUACUAGAAGCGUGCCUCUGUCAGACGCCGAGCUGAGCAGUGACCAGUGGGCUAGAGCCCAAAGGCUGUACCACUUGGUCAAGCAGACGUUCCAAGGAUGCCAGCGUGUCGAAGGCAUCUUUGGUGUGUACGAAGCACAGGCUGGGGUGGGCGCUUGCAACGGCCGCGAGUUGAUGCGGUUGCUGAGACAGAAGUACUCGUUGCAGACUCGGUCAGAAGCCCUGCAUUUCAGAAAUGCGGUACUUCAGUUCCGCGUGGUCAGGCCAGACAACCUCGUGGACCGGCUCAGGCAGAUCGACGCGAAAGUCUUUCAGUACCAGCAGUUGCUUAGAACUUUUCCUUUCCCUGCUCAGGUGAGAGACCUGCAGGUGAUGGAAAGCGACUUGUACAUCCUCAUGUUGCAGAAUCUUCCAGAUCCCGUGCGUGAGUUCGCGCAGCUACAUGGAGGAGAGUCUGUAGCUGAAGUCCGUAAGGCCGUGUUGUUGUACCACAACAGGACGUGCUUGGUGGGUGACGUUGGUCGUGUGCAAGAGCUGACGACCAGACCACCAAAAGGUCACGGAAGGGGCAGAGGAAGCGACAAAGACAGUUCUGCAGCUGAGGAUGGCCCGCCUUCUGGCGGGAAGGUUGGUGGCAAGGGAGACAGCAAAGGUAAAGGGAAAGGCAAAGGAAGCAAGACCAGGUCCACGUCGCAGGACGGCAGUGGCAACAAGGGCAUUGUCUGCUGGGAGUGUGGCAAGCCUGGGCACGUCGCCAAGGAGUGUGCCAACAAGCGCUCUCAGUCUGCUGGCCGAGAGCGGAAAAAGGACAUAGUCUGCCACCGUUGUGGCAAGCCUGGCCACGUGAAACGGGACUGCCGAGUGAGAUUGGCUGCGUUAGGCUCAGAACAGGCUGGUCCUGACAAUGACCCAGCCGGUGAGGAGGCCAAGGUCGUCAUGACGUUGAGUUCUCAUGUACAGAGGGCUGUAGAGUCUACUGUAGAGAGUGUGAGUGUCGUGCGCACUUCGCCGGAGGCAGAGUGGCUUGUGGAUAGCGGGGCUACGUCUCACAUCGUUUCUCGUCAGUUCCUGUCAUGCUACAGUGUUGCUCAUAGCUAUGAGGGUUUGUCGUGUGAGCUUAGGGCCGCAAACGGAGCGCUGAAAGAGACCUUUGGCAUCGUGGAUGUCGAAGUCAAGUUUUCUUGCAAGAGCAGAGGCAAGCCACUCACCAGAACGUUUGUGUUGUCGAGGUGCAUAGUCGCGGAUACACCCCUGAACGUCAUGUCGCCGUUUGUGUUGUACAAAAACGGUUGGCGCACAGUUCUUGCAGAUGAGAAGGCGUCCUGUCUGCACUAUCGCAGAGACCUCAAAGUUGGGUUGGUUGUGAAGGACCGUGCUUGGUGGACUGUUGCUCGUUUGCCUUCAGCCCAGAGCAAGAAGGGAGACUCUCAAGCUGAAGCCCCGCGCGGGCCUCAGCCUAUGGACCUGAGCGCUCUGACUGCUGGCAUGUCACCGUCCCAAGUUGCUCCACAAGUCGUUGAGGCAGGUCGUUUAACUUUCUUGCUGCGGGGUCUUGGAGACACGCCGCGCGUUGAGGACAAAGGCCGGCGACGUGUUAGCUUUCAGGAGCCUACUGCUGUUGAGGCUCAGCCGACGGAGGUUGUUGGAAACUCGUCAAGUGAAGCGUUUGGGUCCCGUAGUGCUGUUGGCUUGAGUGUUCCUUCGUUAAGCGCUUUGCGUGGGAAUCGUGAGGGUGUCAGUGCUGGCGAGCGUGUGGACCUUGAGUUGGUGUGUGCAGGUGAGGACUCUGUGUUGAGCGAGCCUGUGGACCAUCCCAUUCCGAGCCUUGAAGAGGGGGAGGCGAUCGCCGCCGAGGAUCCCACUGAUCCGCUAGACCCGUCAGAAGUUGAACUUGGCGCUGGUGGUACUUACCAGCACGUGGCCCAGGGCCAUUUCCCUUUUCUUGCUUCGUGCACUUCGUGUUGCAGGGCAUCCGGGCGAGUUCCGGCGCGUAGGCUUCGUCACACCCGUGGGAAGUGUGAGCUUGCAGCGGACUUUUGUUUCUUCGGCAGGGUUCGGUUGCUGGUCAUGGUAGUACCGUACACGGGUAUGAUCGCCUCUUGUGUGAUGGAUGGGUCGGACCAUGACCGAAAUGUGAGACAAGUCAACCAAAUGUGGCGAGAGCUUGGCAUGACGGGCCGGACGCUUGAGACUACCAUUGACAGUGAAGGCUUGCUACAUGCAGUGUUCCGCGCAGCCGCCCGCCAGCCAAACCCGCCAGUGACAGGAGUGAGCUUUCUUGACGUUCCGCCUGACCGUCACCAAGCAAACGGUAGAGCGGAACGAGCAGUUCAAACUGUCAAGCGUGGCGUGGCGGCCAACUUGUUGUUUCUGGAAAGCAGGUUCAGGAAGCGAAUAGCUUUAGAAUCACCGCUUUUGAAACACUUGGUCCCAUAUGUUGGCCGCACGCACAACAUUUUCCAUGUUCCUCAAGCAUCAGACACCAGUGCUUUGCUUCGUGGUAGACGCGGAGGACCGAAACCUGCCACACUUCCUUUUGGGGUCCUUGCCCUAGCUAAGGCCACUGAAAGCGCACGCGUGCACGACUUGGAGCAGCUAAGUGAAAUUGUGUAUCUGGGUCCUGUUUCCACUUCCGGUGGAGGGAUGCUAGGCAUCAUGGCAGGGGACUCGAGAGUCGGACUUUCUCAUGAGGAGGCAGUCAAAGUUCGCAAGUUUCAAGCAGGGCGCAUUGUGUCUCCUUGCGUUUGGAGUUGGGAAGAUGUGCAGCAUCUAGUUGUAUCCUCAGACGCCGUGCCGGGGCAGCAAUUCCCCGCAGGCCCUGUCAGCGAGGUGCGGCCGGGCGCCGAUGACGAGCAAUCGCCUGCUGAAGCGGAUGCUCCUCCUGGUUUGGAAGGGGGUGUGGUAGUUCCAGCCUCGGGGCCCCCUAAGAAGUGGUUGUUGGAGAAUGGCUUCACCCCAGGCUGUUCGGCGUGUGGGCACAUCUCAACAAGUGGUGUGUCUCAUGGGAGAGUUCAUAACUCACACUGCCGCAAGCGAUACCGCAAGUAUCUUGAAAACGAAGCCCAGGCCCGCAGGAAGCGGAAAUCUGAGCAGGAUACUUCCGAAAGUAGUGGUUCUGGAGUGGCGCAGCCAGUGCCUCGAAGGGUUACCGGGCAGCCGCCUGCUUCGGAUAGCACGAGUGUGCCCAGCGUCCCUGCUCAGGCUGAGCCUCCUUUCUCUGUAGAUGCUUCCCCGAGUCUUAGUCCUCCAGAUCCUGGCACUGCGGGGCCUAGCCUCCCCGGAACGUCUAGCGACGCGGAUGUAGAGAUGAGCCCUGCGGAGCCUGUCCCUGAACCCAUGGAGGUAGAUGCUUUAAUCGACCAUGUCACAUGCGAAGCUGAGAAUUUGUUUUUCUUGCGAGAUGUCAAUUUUCGUCAAGUAGAGGAUGUUGUUUGGUUUGAGUCACAGUGCCUAGGGAAGAAGAUCUGGCAGUCAAUGCCCAGAAAGCCUGUUUGCGAAGCUACUGGUAGACCUCUGGACGUGGAACAGCUGAAGAAGGGUCUGAUUCGGGAGCACGAGCAGCUGACAAAACUGAAGGUUGGUUUUUGGGUCACGGAAACCGAAGCCAAACAAGGAAGUCGACGGGCUGCGAGCAAACUUUUGGGAACUCGUUGGGUUCUUGUUCAAAAGCCAGAAAAGGUGCGCGCUCGUUUGGUUUGCAAGGACUUCAGGUCAGCAGGGCUGUCAAGUUUCCGUGAAGAGUUUUACAGUCCAACAGCGGGGCUAGAGUCGCUUAGGCUGUUGCUUGCGUUAGCUCACCAGAAGCAGUGGUUCAUGUGCACAGCAGAUGCGUCGACCGCAUUCAUGUUUGCUAGUCUAGGCGACUCGUAUCAAGCCGUAGCUUUGCCACCCAGUACAGUUGGUCCAGCAAGGGAACGCCUUUUUCUGGUGUUACAAAAGGCCUUGUACGGCCUACGAAAGGCCCCUCUUUUCUGGUUCAAAGAGCUCAAAGCUGCUUUGCUGUCCCUUGGCUUUACUCCCACAUCGGAACCAACCGUUUUUCGUUUUGCAGGGGAGGGCGGUGAGUGCAUUUGCCUUGUGUUGAUUUAUGUGGAUGACUUGUUAGCAGUUGGCAAGCAGGCAACGUGCAGAUGGGCUCUGAGAGAGCUUGGCCGAAAGUACGAGAUCAAAAUCACGGGAGAAAUGAGUCCUGAGACCCCCGGGCAUUUGGAGUUCUUGGGCCGGGAAAUUCGUCGUGAAACUGCAAGUGGGCCACUCUUUCUUGGUCUAGCGCCUUCCUACUUUGACGGGAUUGAAGAGGCAAGUGGCUGUAGUUUAAAGGCAACGCCAACACCGCCAGCAUUGCACAAGUACGUUGACGAAAACGGGGUUGACAAGCAACUCGAGGCCGACCGUGCUGGGCAGUUCCGUACCGUAUUGGGCAAGCUAGCAUGGUUUUCGUUGACCGUCCCAGUCCUUGCGUAUCAGAUCAGUUGGUGUUCGUCCUACCAACAGAGUCCCACUGAAAUGAGCGAGCAGGGCCUCAAAGAAGUCCUCAAGUACGCUAAGAGAAUCCCUGAAACCACGCGUGGCAACUAUCCACUGUUACUGUACACAGACAGCGAAUCUGGCCAGCACAUUUCAGACAUGCAAGGCCUGCUGCGUCGCAUCAAGCAUGUGGAGUUGAGGGCGUUGUUGGUGCAAGAGCUUACUGAGAGCGGACGUCUCAAAGUGUAUUUUGUAGCGGGGUCUGCCAACCCGUCAGAUGCACUCACAAAGUCCAGCGACAAGCACCAUGCGUUGCUCUUGAUCCUUGCUCUUGGAAUGUCGGAAGGGGAUGCUUCUUGGGCGGAUCAAGUCGUGAGCGUACUCGGCCCGGUCAGUCCGCAAAACAGGCGGCGCAUCACCGAAGGCAUUCAGAGAGGCUUGGCUCGCGUUGUCCCGCGUUCCUCUGUACGCUUGUCGCAUGAUCCAGUGUUGCAGUGA